AUAGCAAGUUGAAUUCAGUUCACCACGGUUAACACUCAAACCGUAGUUUAAAUCUAACAUCAUGAAAUUGUUCGUUAUUUUCGCUGUUGCUCUUGUUGGUGCCGCACAUGCUGGAUACAUCGGCAGUGGUUCCGGUUCUUCCGGUCAUGGUUCUUCAGGCCAUGGUUCCUCGAGCUACGUUUCAAUUGGAAGCAGUGGCCUUCGCACCAUUGCCCAAGGAUCAGCUGACCAAGCUAACUCAGCCGUAGCUCAACAACAUGCCGCCGCCCGCCAAGCAUCCUACGUUGCCAAGAGUACUUUGGCCCAAGCUGCUGCUCAGGCCGCCGCCACCGCUCAAGCCGCCCUCACCGGCAAGGCCGUAGUACUCCAAACUUUGGAACAAGUCGUAGAGAUCUUCGAGCAAACCUUCAGUGCUUCCGCUGGACAAUUGGAACAAACUCAACAUGCUGCUGCUGCCGCCGCCGCUGCAGUCCGCAAGGCUCAAGAACAUCUUGCUGGAGUCAACAGUGUUCUGAUCAGUGCUCAAGGAGUUUACGAACAAGCCCAACAAGCUGCCAGCUCAGCGACCUCUGAAUUCGCUUCCCAACAAUCAAUGGUAGAGAAGGCCAAGGCUCGCCUUCACGCUCUUGAAUCUCAAUUGGAACGCAUCCGUAUCGACUAUGCUGCCACCCAAGAUGCUGCUGAAAAGGCUAGUUUGGCCGCCCAAGCUGCCCAAAGCAAUGCUGCUGAGGCUGGAUCACAUGCCGCCCUUGAACUUGAGAAAUCUGCUGCCGCCGCAGCUAUCAAUAGCAUUGAAGACCACGAAUAUGAACAUGUCAUCGAUGUCAAGAGCAAAUACUCCCAUUAAGAAGUGUCGGGGAGAUAACCACCCUUCGUCCAUUGUUUUAACUUUAUUUUCAGGAAACGCAUAGUCAAAUAAAAAGUUUUGUUUAAAAAACACGAAAA